CCUUUCCAUCUGAGGAGUCUAGCUCUCAUCCUUCUGAGAAACCCAGCUCUGAACCUGAGAAACCUAGUGCUCCCAUGGAACCCAGUUCUAAACCUGAGAAACCUAGUGCUCCCAUGGAAUCUGGUUCCUUUCCAUCUGAGGAGUCUAGCUCUUAUCCAUCUGAGAAACCCAGCUCUGAACCUGAGAAACCUAGUGCUCCCAUGGAACCCAGUUCUAAACCUGAGAAACCUAGUGCUCCCAUGGAACCCAGUUCUAAACCUGAGAAACCUAGUGCUCCCAUGGAACCUGGUUCCUUUCCAUCUGAGGAGUCUAGCUCUCAUCCUUCUGAGAAACCCAGCUCUGAACCUGAGAAACCUAGUGCUCCCAUGGAACCCAGUUCUAAACCUGAGAAACCUAGUGCUCCCAUGGAAUCUGGUUCCUUUCCAUCUGAGGAGUCUAGCUCUUAUCCAUCUGAGAAACCCAGCUCUGAACCUGAGAAACCUAGUGCUCCCAUGGAACCCAGUUCUAAACCUGAGAAACCUAGUGCUCCCAUGGAACCUGGUUCCUUUCCAUCUGAGGUGUAUAGCUCUCAUUCCUCUGAGAAACCUAUUGUGCCCGUGGAACCCAGCUCCUCUCCAUCUGACAAGUCUAGCUCUAAACCUGAGAAACCUAGUGCUCCCAUGGAACCCAGUUCUAAACCUGAGAAACCUAGUGUCCCCAUGGAACCCAGUUCUAAACCUGAGAAACCGAGUGCUCCCAUGGAACCCAGUUCUAAACCUGAGAAACCGAGUGCUCCCAUGGAACCCAGUUCUAAACCUGAGAAACCUAGUGUCCCCAUGGAACCCAGUUCUAAACCUGAGAAACCGAGUGCUCCCAUGGAACCCAGUUCUAAACCUGAGAAACCGAGUGCUCCCAUGGAACCCAGUUCUAAACCUGAGAAACCUAGUGUCCCCAUGGAACCCAGUUCUAAACCUGAGAAACCAACUGCUCCCAUGGAACUCAGCUCCUCUCCAUCUGACAAGUCUAGCUCUUAUCCAUCUGAGAAACCCAGCUCUGAACCUGAGAAACCUAGUGCUCCCAUGGAGCCCAGUUCUAAACCUGAGAAACCUAGUGCUCCCAUGGAACCAGGUUCUAAACCUGAGAAACCUAGUGUCCCCAUGGAACCCAGUUCUAAACCUGAGAAACCGAGUGCUCCCAUGGAACCAGGUUCUAAACCUGAGAAACCUAGUGUCCCCAUGGAACCCAGUUCUAAACCUGAGAAACCUAGUGUCCCCAUGGAACCCAGUUCUAAACCUGAGAAACCGAGUGCUCCCAUGGAACCCAGUUCUAAACCUGAGAAACCGAGUGCUCCCAUGGAACCCGGUUCUAAACCUGAGAAACCUAGUGCUCCCAUGGAACCCGGUUCUAAAUCU